UGAAGAGCAUGCUGGAAGGAAAGAGGCAGUCUUUCAUAGAAUUAGGGACUCCCUCGGGUAUCCUGAGCAGAAGACUCACACAGGAAAGAAGGCCUGUGAAUGUCAAAAGUGUAGGGCCAUUUUGUCCAGAAAAUCAUCCUUCACUUACCAUCACCGAAUGCAUGCUAGAGAGAAACCCUACAAAUAUCAAGAGUGUAGAAAAAUGUUUUUGUGGAAAUCUGUCAUCUUUGAACAUCAGGGAAAUCACACUGGAGGGAAAUCUUAUAAAUGUCAAGAGUGUGGGAGAACUUUUAACAGUAAGUCCACCCUCAUUGUGCAUAAGAGAAGUCACACCACUGGAGAGAAGUCCUAUGAAUGUCAAGUGUGUAGGAAAGUGUUUUCCCAGAAGUCAGUUCUUGUUCUACACGAGAGGGCUCACACUGGAGAGAAGCCCACUGAGUGUCAAGACUGUGGGAAAACUUUUCCCAAUCAGACCACCCUCAGUGUACAUCGGAGAAGUCACACUGGAGAGAAACCCUAUGACUGUAAAGAGUGUGGGAAGGCUUUCCGCUGCAAGAAAGCCCUCUAUCAACAUGAAUUAACUAACAGAGGAGUGAAGCUCUAUGCAUGUCAACAAUGCAGGAAAACAUUCUACUGGAAAUCAUCCCUCAAUAAACAUCAGAGAAGUCACACUGGAGAGAAACCCUAUGAAUGUCAACUGUGUGGGAAAGCCUUUUCUGAUAAAGUACACCUCAAUAGGCAUCACACAAUACACACUGGAGAGAAACCCUAUGAAUGUCAAGAGUGUGGAAAGGCUUUCCGGAACAGGUCAGGCCUCCAUGCUCAUCAAAUAACUCACAGAGCAAUAAAGCCCUAUAAAUGUCAAGAGUGUGGGAAAACUUUUUCCAGAAAGUUCUCCGUCACUGUACAUAAGAGAAGUCAUACUGGAGAGAAACCCUAUGAAUGUCAAGAGUGUGGAAAGGCUUUCUGGAACAUAUCAGGCCUCGAUACUCAUCAAAUAACUCACAGAGCAAUAAAGCCCUAUAAAUGUCAAGAGUGUGGGAAAAUUUUUUCCAGAAAGUUCUCCUUCACUGUACAUAAGAGAAGUCAUACUGGAGAGAAACCCUAUGAAUGUCAAGAGUGUGGAAAGGCUUUCUGGAACAUGUCAGGCCUCGAUACUCAUCAAAUAACUCACAGAGCAAUAAAGCCCUAUAAAUGUCAAGAGUGUGGGAAAACUUUUUCCAGAAAGUUCACCCUCACUGUACAUAAGAGAAGUCACACUGGAGAGAAACCUUAUGAAUGUCAAGAGUGUGGGAAAACUCUUUGCACUAAGGCUACCCUCACUGUCCAUCAGAGAACUCACACUGGGGAGAGACCCUAUGAAUGUCAAGAAUGUAGGAAAGGGUUUGCCCAGAAAUCAGGUCUUGUUGUACAUCUGAGGACUCAUACUGGAGAGAAACCUUAUGAAUGUCAAGAGUGUGGGAAAACUUUUUCCAGUAAUUCAGAUAUCACUAAACAUAAGAGGACUCACACUGGAGUGAAACCUUAUGAAUGUCAAGAGUGUGGGAAAGCAUUUUCCAGUAAGUCCACCUUAAUCGUACAUCAGAGAAGACACACUGGAGAGAAGCCCUAUGAAUGCCAAGAGUGUGGGAAAACAUUUCCUGAUAAAUCACAGCUCAAUAGGCACGUCAAUAUCCACACUGGAGAGAAAUGAAUGUGAAGAGUGUGAGAAGGUUUUCUACGACAGGUCAGGCCUCUGUC